UCAGGUGUUGCUGUGUUGUUUUGCUAUCUCAAUCAGUUAUUUUUCUUUUCCUCUGCCAUUUGCUUGAAUGAGAUCAGGACAAAAGAAAAGAGACAUUAUUAUUUGUGUUGUUUAAAGUUAAACCAGGAUGAGACAGAAGGCAAUAAGAAAAACUGUUGUUAUUCUGGAAGCAUCCAAGAAAGAGAAGAUGUAGAGAGUCUUUUGGAAAAAUAUCCAAAACAAAUACCCAUCAAAUUGUUAUCUCAUAGUGCAGGAAAAUGUGCUGUAUGUAUUUUAUUUGUUAUAUAUUUAAGUCUGUCUAUUUUUGGGGCCACAAAUUUUAAGCAAGGUUUGCAUUUAUUUAAUUUGGUUGCUGAGGAUUCCUAUUUUUAUAAGUACAGCAAAUGGGAGGAUCAGUUUUUCACGGUAGAACCAGUUGUAAUGCUGUGUAUAAAACAAGAAGAGAAAUAUUCUCUUAAGUUUACUCAGAACAGUAUAACAGAUGUUUUAGCCAAAGCUAAGAAAUUAUCAGGUAUAGAUGAAAAGUUUGAAAUCAACUGGUUAAAACAUUAUGAAAAAUCUCUUUUAUAUAGUAAUAGAUCAGAGGCAGAAUUUGUGAAUGGUCUGCAUUCAUUUAUAAGAGAUGCAAGUACUUUUUCAAACGAUAUAUUUUUUGAUGCAAGUGGAACUAGAAUUCUGUCAUCUAAAUUUUAUCUAAAAUCCAAUAACUUGAAAACUAGUGAAUCUCAAGGAUCAUUGAUGCUUGAACUACGAGCAAUAUCAGAGGAAGCAAAAAUCUCCUGUUUUUUCUACAAUGCAGCUUUCAUUUUUUACGAACAGUUUGUUCAGAUACUACCAAGUACCUUACAAACAGUGGGUAUAGCCAUCAUUGCAAUGUUGGUUGUAACAUCCUUGCUGAUGCCAAAACCUUUGAUUGUUAGCAUUGUAGCCCUAAAUUUAAUUAGCAUAAUUGUUGGUGUGGUUGGUUUUAUGUACUUCUGGGAUCUUACAUUGAGUUCGAUCACAAUGAUCCAUCUUGUUAUGAGUGUUGGAUUUUCAGUGGAUUUCAGUGUACAUGUUUCUCAUGCAUUUUUGUCUGUCCGACAAGAAAAGAACAUAAUUAAAAGUGCUCUUGAUAAGGUUGGAGGACCUGUAAUUAAUGCUGCCCUGUCUUCUCUGAUUGGAAUCUCAAUGCUAGCUUUUUCCAGUAGCUAUGUGUUUGUCUCUUUUGGAAAAGUAAUGUUUCUUGUUAUCAUUAUAGGAUUACUUCAUGCAGUUUUUUUCCUUCCCUUUAUUUUAUAUAUGGUGACCAGUUUAGGGAGGAAGACACAACAUUCUUCAAGUAAUAUAAAAGAAGAAAUGGAAUCUGUAGAACUGAAAAAAAAAUGAAAUAUUUAAUGUAAAAUUCAGGAGAAACUUGUAAGGUUAACAUGCUCAUCCUGAUGGUUUACUCGUAAAUGUUCACGACUACAAUAGCAUUUACUCAGAGAAAUGUUGAGUAUUUUUAUUCUGUACAGAAUAAAACUGAAUUUCUAAUGGCACGUGCCAUUAGAAAUUCAGUUUAAUUCAUUUAUCAUAUCUUGAUUAAAUACAUGUUUUUGAUACAGUGAAAUAAAACAAUGUAUUUAGGCUAAAUUCAGCCAUGUAAAUGACAUCACAACGUAACUUUCUAAAUGGCCCUUACAGUUUUCUUUUCAUACAACAGAAAGUCUGAUCAUUUUACCAACUGCAUGUCAUGAAAAACCUGAGUGUCAAUUUAGGUUGUAUUUUCCCUUAGAACUCAAGAUCCAUCAGCCUCAUGGUUAUUAUUGUUGUCAUCUAAGGAUAAAGGAAAGCAAAUUUAAAUAUGUGUAAUUCUUGAAUGAAACUAACAGGCUUUUCUGUCUGUCAGUCCAUUUAGUUUCCAUUAAUUUUCUUUGCAGAGGUUGCACAUACUGAAUUUACAAAUUUUAACACCCGUAUCACACAGUGCAGAAUCGGUGUAUUUACUACUAAGUAUAUGAUAAACAAAUUUAUUAUACUUCUGUCAAAAUGUUUCCUAUAUAAAGUUAAGAAGGUAAAAUAGCUAUCUCAGAUAGUCCAAGCAUAGCAAAGCUAUACCCCGUUGUAUAGUUUUUGCUAUCUGCCCUCGGAAAAUUUUCAUGCAAUAUUUGCCACCAAUUUUGAUUUCCAGCGAUAAAUCUAUUGACUGAUGACUCAUAAUGACUUCAGUAGCAUUGUGACGUCAUCAUGAUGUCGGAUUAUUCUUGUAGUUUUAUCUUACUAAAAAAAAUUCAAACCUAAAAAAUUAUAUUAUACAUCAGUAUAAUAAAACAUUUAUCCACUGGUUGUGAGUGGGAUAGCUCUUUCAUCAAACCCUUGACAGGAACUAUUCCCCUCGGGCAAGC